AUUUUUAUAUAUGCAGGUUGGGUUUGCAGUUCCAUGAAGGAUUCGAAUAUCUAUAGCGAAAGCGAUUACGUAUCUUAAAAAAAAAUAACAAAGAAAUGAGAUGUAAUUAUUUAAUUAAUGAUAGGGGCAUUCUGUAGCAAACCACCUCGUACCUCAGCAUGGCAGCGACUAGUAAUACAUACUAACCCCAUUCACGAUAUUAGGCUUUUAACUAAUCCAAAAGGUGCUGACAAUAAAAACUAAUCCAAAAAGGUCAUUGACCAAUAUACAAACAUCUGUUAUCCAAGAAACUCAAUACUACACGCAACACCAAACCCCAAAGACUCGAUCUUUUUGGCUGUUUGUGAUUAUAAAGUUUGAUACUUUUCAGUUUUUUUUUGGAUUUAAUGGGGUAUAAUAAUCAGCCUGAUCCAGAUGCUCUUCGGUGGGGUCUCCACGACCUCGAGGUUUGUACACUCACAAACGCUGGCUCUUGCCGCAGCGUAACGCGUUACGAGACGGAUGGUGUUGCUCACGGCUAUGUUAGAGAAGGUUACAACAACAACAACAACCAGCCUUUGACUGGUAGUUAUGUAGACAAUGAUGCUGUCAUCGCUCAGUUUUACCAAGACGAGUUGUCCAGAGUUGAUCGAGCUGAAGCAUCUGAUGAUCCUAGUCGAACUUCAGUUGUUGAACAAGAGUGGCCUCAUCAAGGGGAAGCCAUUGGUAUUUCUCAUGAAAGAGAUGACGUGGAAGAUAAGAACGUUGCAAGGUUAGGGAAUCAAGGGGAGGGAAGUUCACCAGGUCGUGAUGAUGAUGAAUCAGUUUGUUCUGUAGAGAUAGAGGAAGAAUCUUGGUCUGAGUUUGGGAAGCGGCUUAACCAAAUGAUUCCUAUUGCUCAUGUGCCUAAAAUCAAUGGAGAGUUACCGUCAGAGGAUGAACAGGUUUCUGAUCAUCAACGGCUUUCUCAGAGAUUGCAGCUUUAUGGCUUGGUGGAGAAUAAGAUUCAAGGAGAUGGAAACUGCCAGUUUCGAGCACUAUCAGACCAGCUUUACCGCUCUCCAGAGCACCAUAGUGCUGUCAGAGAACAAGUUGUUAGUCAGCUGGCGUAUAAUAGAGAGAUGUAUGAAGGUUAUGUUCCAAUGGCGUACAACGACUAUCUUAAAACAAUGAAACGGUCUGAAACUCUUUCUCUUCUCUCAGUUCUUUCCACUGGUAUAUUAAUCGUGAUUUAUUAUGAACAUAGGAAUGGAGAAUGGGGUGAUCACGUUACUCUACAGGCUGCUGCGGAUUGGUUUGGUGUUAGGAUGUUUGUGAUAACUUCAUUCAAGGAUACAUGUUACAUUGACAUCUUGCCUCAUUUGCAGAAGUCUAAUCGCCUUAUAUGUUUAAGCUUCUGGGCUGAGGUCCAUUACAAUUCAAUCUAUCCUGAAGGAGAGCUGCCGGCACCUGAGGGCAAGAAGAAGAAGAAGAAAUUUUGGGUUUUCUGAGCUCUGAUUUCUUCUGAAGGGAGCACAAAGAGGAAACAAGUCUAAAUCCAUCAUCAUGUUUAUUCUUUUUUUACUAACGUAACUUAGAAUCUAUAGAGCAAAAAUGAUCUUGUGUAUACUGAAUCCCAUUAAACCAUAGACCCCAUAGUGUGCUGAAAAGUUGUGUACUUUUUUAUAUGUUGUUGGAAUAAAUCGAUAAAAGGAAGGUUACAGUU